GUCUUUCCGUAAAGCAAAACUGAUUGUCGCAAUCACAGUCUAGCCCCGCAGAGGUCACAAUCGUAACAAAAUUGUCCAGUAUGGGAGGUGACCACGGCCAUAAUAAACCUACCUUGCCAGACUGGCGACAGUGGAAGACAGCGGGAACUCCACUGGAGUUCACACAGAAGAGACUUGCAGCAAGAGGUCUCAAGGAUCCGUGGGCACGUAACGAGGCAUGGAGGUACUCGGGUGGCUUUGCUCGCGCUGUGACCUUCUCAGAUGUUUUGCUGAGGGGAUUCAAGUGGGGCUUCGCUGCUUUUACUGUUGCUCUGGCUGUUGAGUAUGCCCUGUUUCCCCCAAAGAAGAGUGACCACUGACGUUAGAUGAUGCCUCUCGCAUCAAGAACAUACCGUAACUGAAAAGAAUGAAAUUAUGUAUUUUCUGUAUAAUAAAUGUUUUCUUUGAUCACC